UCAUUCAUCAUUGCUAUUUUCGUUCCAAUUUUCUGUCAUUUUCAUUUGGGAUUUUCUCUGUUAGAUUUUCUUUUUCUUUAAAUUUUCAUCGAUGGCACAGCAGCAGGCUCAGGUGAAGUUCACGGCGGUGAAGCCACAGUUGAUGGUGAAGACGCCAAAGGCAGUUGAUGCAGUUAAUUUCUACAAGUCCGCUUUUGGCGCCGUCGAAGCAGGCCGAUCUGCUUGCUGCCCCCCGCCAACGGCCGAACAGAACCUCCCUAACAUCCUCUGCGCUCAGCUUGAGCUCGCCGGCUGUUCCUUUGUCGUAUAUAACGACGGCUCCGCUCCACAGAAAAUUGAAGGGAUCGGAAAUCAACUCUGCCUGGAAACUGAUGACGUGGAAGCCGCCAUUUCCAAGGCCGUUAGCGCGGGAGCGGUUGUAGAGGGUGAGGUAACCGAAGGAGGCGGCGCGUGCUGCGGCGGUCGCGUAGGUAAGGUUAAGGAUCCAUACGGAUAUGUUUGGCUCAUCUGCUCCCCCUCCAACAAAUGCGCCCCAGUGGAAGCUUAAAACUGCCACGGCUCUUUUGAUGUAAUACUGCUGUUUGUGUGUGUUGUAUGGAAAUGGUUUUUGUCGUUUUCUUUUGACAGCAGUGGUUAAUCGUUGGUGGCUGAUGUUAAAUGAUAAGUCUACUUGUAAUUUCUUUUCUUAAAGAACUACUUGGGUUUACUAA